AAUAUUUGCGGUCUAAAAAAGAAGAAACAAUUCAUCAGAUGAUAAUUGAUGAGGAAAUUAUAGAAUUAAUGAAAGAACCAGAAGUAAAACCAAAUAAUGAAGAACUGAAAAUUCCUAUUAUCAGUAAUUAUGAAGCACUAGUAGCACUUAACCAAAUAAUCAUAUAUACAGAAUAA